UCCUCCGCUGGCCCUAAAUAUUUUACAACUCAUAAUCUAUAUAUAUUCAUUAUUCCUCCCAUUUUCCUUUUACUUUUCAAAUUCAAAACCAACCAUCCUUUCUUCUUCUCUGGGUUCACCACCCACAGGGAGCCAUCACUCUCAAUUAAACGACGUCGUAGCCUCUCCUCAAUAACCUUCCACUUAUAUUUUCAAUUUCACCUCUCUCCUUCUCUUCUUCUUCUUCUUCAUUCUUCUUCUUCUUCUUCAGGUGAAGAAUUCAAUUAUGGUUGCUACUGCUGCUACGUCGUCGUUUUUCCCUGUGACGUCACGAACCGGUGGAGAAGGAGGAGGAGGAAUCCCUGCCAGCCUCGGCGGAGGGCUCAAACAAAAUCACAGGUCUUCAAGUGUUAAGGCCAAUGCGCAUGCUCCUUCAAAGAUCAACGGAACCGCCACAAAGGUUCCAAAAUCCAUGGAGAGCAUGAAGCUGGAAUCCUCGUCGACGACCGGGGCUAAUGCGCCGAGGACUUUCAUUAACCAGAUUCCGGAUUGGAGCAUGCUGCUGGCCGCCAUCACGACAGCCUUCCUUGCGGCGGAGAAGCAGUGGAUGAUGAUUGAUUGGAAGCCGAAGCGAUCCGAUGUGCUAUCUGAUCCAUUUGGUAUUGGGAGGAUUGUGCAGGAUGGGCUUGCUUUCAGGCAAAAUUUCUCCAUUCGAUCUUACGAGAUAGGCGCCGAUAAGACCGCGUCUAUAGAGACGCUAAUGAAUCAUUUGCAGGAAACUGCACUUAAUCAUGUUAAGACUGCUGGGCUUCUUGGUGAUGGCUUUGGUUCGACGCCAGAAAUGUGUAAGAAGAACCUGAUAUGGGUUGUGACUCGGAUGCAAGUUGAAGUUGAUCGUUACCCAACAUGGGGAGAUGUAGUUCAAGUUGACACUUGGGUUUCUGCAUCAGGGAAAAAUGGUAUGCGUCGUGAUUGGAUCAUACGUGACGCCAAUACGGGUGAAAUCUUGACAAGAGCCUCCAGUAUUUGGGUCAUGAUGAAUAAAGUGACAAGGAGACUAUCCAAAAUUCCAGAAGAAGUCAGGCAAGAGAUUGCGUCAUAUUUUGUGGAUUCUCCUCCAGUUGUCGAAGAGGAUAACAGAAAACUGUCAAAACUUGAUGAUACUGCAGAUCAUAUUCGUCGUGGUCUAAGUCCUAGAUGGAGUGAUCUAGAUGUUAAUCAGCAUGUUAACAAUGUGAAGUACAUUGGCUGGCUUCUGGAGAGUGCUCCACAGGCAAUCUUGGAGAGUCAUGAGCUGCGAGCCAUGACUCUGGAGUACAGGAGGGAGUGUGGCAAGGACAGUGUGCUGGAUUCCCUAACCGAUGUCUCUGGUGCUGAUAUCGGGAACUUAGCUGGCGGCGGAUCUCUCGAGUGCAAACACUUGCUUAGGCUUGAAGAUGGUGGUGAGAUUGUGAGGGGUAGGACUGAAUGGAGGCCCAAGCCUGUGAACAACUUUGGUGCUAUGAAUCAGGUUUUUCCAGCAGAAAACUGAAGCAUUGAGUGCCUAAAAUGAAAUUGCUGCGAAUGUCAAUCUCCAUUACUUUACAAAUUGGAUCUGACCAAUGGAGAGUUUUGCUUCUUGUUAUCACCGCCACCAUCUCCACCACCACCACCAUCAUCAUGUCUACCUAUCUUAUAUAAAUAUAUGCAUAUCUAAUUCGUGUUAAUAUGGUGGGGUUACGGUAGGGGGAAAAGGAAGUAAAAUAUCAAUCAAUUUCUCAUUGUAAUUAGCUCCUGUUAUAUACUCUAUCUAGCUUCUCCAAUAUUCAAUUUGAUUUAUUGUGCCACUGCUAGGUUGUCAUAAUCAAACAUUCGUCAAAACGAUUACUGGUUAGGCAUGUAUAUUAUUAUCAUUGUUACCACCCCCCAAUCCUUUUUAGUUUCCUCCUUGAUAUCAAUAUGACAUUUUUCCUUGUCAA